AUGAACCGAAAUGCUCGAAAACAUGAAUUAAAUAUGGCAUUAAGCGUAUUACCAAUAUUCAAUCCACUAAAUGAUUACCGUAUCUAUCAUAUCAAUCAACUUACAUCUUCUAUUCUAUUACAUAAUUUAAUUGAACAAGCAAAAAAAACAAUUCAAUUUACUAUUGAUACAGAAGAUGAUUAUUAUACACAUCGACCAUCAUUAAUUCAAAUUGAAUUCAUACAACAUCAAUCUAUCGUAUUAUUAAUUGAAGUGCAUCAUUUACCACAAGCAACAUCAGUCAUAUUUUGGUUAAUAAGAUCACUUCUGAAAAUAAUUUUAAAUCCAUCCAAUUGUAUAUAUUCAUGGGGUAACGGUGAGAAUGAAUUAAAUAAAUUUAUAUCAUGUGGACUUUUUUCAUCUAAACAACUUAAACAAAUCAAUAAUAUAGAUGUACAAAAACUUUUUAAAAACUGGCAUGAUCAAAAAUUAACACAUGAAUAUAUUUGUCUUCCAAGGGAUAUUCAGAAACGUUUACAUGCAUAUUCAAAACAAUCCAUCGAAACUUCAGGUCAUCAUUGGUCACUUCAAAUGGCUAUAGUUUAUGCAUGUCAAGAAUUUCUCAAUAAAUGUCGGACCAAGAGUAGAUGGAGUCGAAAUCUUUAUAUUGUAAACAAUAAUCAAUCGUUAGUAAUGAAUGCUAAACAAAACAAUAUUAUUCAAGAGAUGAUACAAUAUGCUGUGAAUGAUUGUUUAGCAGUAACUAAAUUAGUGUCGAUAUUGUUACAUAAAUGA